AUGGAGAUGGGUAUCGUAACAAUCAUCCACGCCGUCCUGGCUGUUCUCUUGAUCAUUGAGCUUGGUCUCACUGGUGCUACUGUCCACAACUCCCUUGGCUGGAGCUCGCGCUCCAACUUCAUGCUUUUCAACUCCAUCUGGUCCAUUCUCGUCCUCAUCUACCUCGCCGUCACCCCCCGCGUCUUGUCUGCUCUCUACCACGGUGUCAUUGCCCUUGGCGCUCUCGUUCUCACUGCUCUUUUCUGGUUUGCCGGCUCGAUUGCCCUCGCCGUUCCUCUUAGCAUCCACUGCGGCGGCUACGGCCCUUGCCAGACCGCCCAGGCCGCUAUCGCCUUUGGCUUCUUCCUCUGGGCCAUCUUCACCGGUCUCGCUGUCAUGGAGGGCCUCGCCAGCCGCCGUGGUGGCUUCGCCGACAAGACCUCCCGCGUCUAA